AUGAUGGCUGGCCAUUCUGAGGUCAUAUACAAGUUUCAAGGGAAUGUGGAAAAGUUCAGAAUUAAAGUUUCGUUGGAACGCUCAUCUUCUAAACAGAAGGGACUGUUCAUCAAAAGUUCAGAGAUCAAUUUUGCCGCCGAGGAGCUCUCCUCCCUAGCAGAGAGCGUCACAGCGGAUGAAGGAACGAAAAGCUGCAUCAACGGAGCGGAUUUUGACGAAGCGGUUCUGGAGACAUACACAUUUCGAUGGAAAGAAAGAGUGUUCAGUCAAAGGGAAGUCGAGGUUUAUUCUAAUUUAAAUAACUGUAAGUCGGCAACCGAAUUGGAAUAUCAUGAUCAAGUGUUGAAAUUGAACGUUUCUGAUGGCCGUUCCACAAGACGUUUAUUUUCAAUCGUGGAGUGCGACACGAAGCCAGCGGAAAACGAGGCCGGUUGGAUUACCAAAUGA